ACAAAAUUGAAAAUGGGAUAACUCUCAGAAAACUCUAUCAGAAUCACAUGACAGUCAAGACUUGUAAACUGUAAACAAGAUGAGGAUUUUUUUCUUUGUGGCGCACCUAAUUUGUGCUGUGUCCUUAGCUCCAACUCCAUGUACCAAGAAGGAUUAUGGGAAAGGGUCUUUUGUAUGUGUGUGUAACGAGGUGAGCUGUGACACAGUGGAAGCUAAUACCCCACUGACUCGUGGGAUGAUGGCACAGUACACCUCAUCGUCAAAGCAACACAGACUGGACAAGCAAGUUGUCAAGUUUGAAGCCAAUGCAACAGGAUCUUAUACUUACACAAUCAACCGCACCGAGACAUUCCAGACUGUGAUUGGGUUUGGUGGGGCCUUCACAGACGCUGCUGGCAUCAACAUCCUGACUCUGCCCCCCAAGGCUCAGGACAACCUCAUCUCCUCCUACUUCGCUCCAUCAGGUAUUGAGUACACUACUGGUCGUAUCCCGAUGGCGAGCUGUGACUUCUCUACACGCCCCUACUCAUAUGAUGACCAUCCCAAUGACUUCAACCUUACUCAGUUCUCACUAGCCCCUGAUGAUCUCAAAUACAAGAUUCCUGUAGUACAGAAAGCGAUGGCCAUGAGUCAGCGAAAGAUUUCCAUAUUUGGAAGUCCAUGGAGUGCCCCAGCAUGGAUGAAGACAAACAACAACAUGACUGGGAAGGGGUCACUGAUUGGUCAGCCAGGUGGACCGUACUACAAAACAUGGGCUAACUAUUUCAUCAGGUUUCUUCAAGAGUAUGAGAAGCACAACAUCAGCUUGUGGGGCCUGACAGCUCAGAAUGAACCAACUGACGGGGAGAUCGAUAAGUUCUUCUUCCAGUGCAUGGGCUGGACUCCCGAGCAGCAGAGAGACUUCAUAAUCCAGGAUCUCGGCCCUGCCCUGCAUCAGAACGGGUUUGGUGACAUCAAACUGAUGAUACUGGACGACAGUCGCCUCUUGUUACCCUACUGGGCAGAGAAAGUGUUCACCUCCCCAGCUGCCAGGAGGUACAUCUCUGGUAUCGCUGUACACUGGUAUGAGGACCCCUUCCUCCCCACCCUCCCGCUGGACAACACCCACAACGAGUUCCCCGACCUGUUCCUCCUGGCCACAGAGGCGUGUGAGGGCUCCAUGUUCUACCAGCCAGACAAAGUUAGCCUCGGGAGCUGGAGAAGAGCCCAGGCAUACACUCACUCCAUUAUAAAGGAUUUGAACCACUGGGUGACCGGCUGGACAGACUGGAACAUAGCGCUGGACACCGAGGGCGGACCCAACUGGGCCAACAACUUUGUGGACAGCCCUGUCAUUGUCAAUGCUACCGGCAAAGAAUUCUAUAAGCAGCCUAUGUUCUAUGCCCUCGGCCAUUUCAGCAAAUUUAUUGUCCCAGGAGCGAAAAGGAUAUCCCUACAUGCAAGUGGUUCUGUAGAAACAAUUGAGACAGUGGCAUUUCUUUUACCCGAUGACUCUGUGGUAUUGGUCAUCCACAACAGCCUUGAUGGGGAGUAUUUGAUGAGCUUGCAUGACCCUGCCCUGGGCUAUGCCAACGUCAAGUUGGAACCUCUGUCUAUAAACACUUUCAUCUGGUGGAACAAAUGAUGUGCCCCUUGCGAUGUGUGUCGAGGUGAAAAGAGUUUUGUGUGUUGUGUGACAUGUUUGUGAAGAAUCAAUAUCUAAUUAUUGACUGUUAAUGUAAUUAAAUAAAUGUACGAAAUAUUUAUUUGAGAUUGUGAUAUUGUGUUGUAUGUAAGGUUUGAGUUAAGAAGUGUUUUGUGAUCUCAGAUAUGAUAUAGAUGAAUCUAUGCAAGACUGUUCAUGCAAUGUGUUUCAUGCAAUGUGUGAAAAUCUGUUUCUCCAACAUUCCAAAAGUAUUUGCCUAGAAAACUUCUGAUUAAGGAUUUGGAGCAUGACCAUGUCUGUCAUCAGCAGACAUGAUGUACAAAGUUGCCUCCCUUGCUGCUUGCUUCAGACACUGAUUACUCGUGUGUACCUUAAGGAUCUGGUUCGUAGAUUGAUCACAAGUUUCCUCCAAAGGUAGCACUUGAAAAUGAGAAAUAAAUAAGAUUGUCAUUGCAAGAUUGUAUAUUUAUUUCAUGUUCUUAUAUGUGUUAUACUGUUGACUCUUGUUCUGGGGCAAAUCAAGGAACUGAGCCAGAAGUGUCUUCUUACAAGUUUAGCCACAUGUCUGACAAGGAUGUAAACUGUCUGUAUCACUUGCUACACUGCUAUUAUCUAAUUGGUACACAGAUGCUAAUGAGAUUUUUCACAGUUAAGUAAUGAUUAGUAAAGACGACAAAUACUAAUCAGUGUCAGUGAAGUGUGCCACAAAUGUUUUGAUAAUCUGAUCAGUUGCUUUAGGCAGACAUCUACCACCUAUAUCCAACAUGACUAAAUGACUCAGGGGGCCAGGAAAUGUUCUUCUAAUUUAAACAAUUUGAGAUAUUAGUUUUCAAAUUAUGUUACAUAAAGAAUAAAGCAGUCGGCCUGAACAGAAGUUACUUCCUGUCAGUGUUGUCUGGCUAUCCAGUCUGCCAACAGGGACCAGUGCAAUAUCAGUGUUUGUUAAAACUGUUGUGGAAGUUUUAAAAGAUUUAUAAUCCAGCAUAGUGUCUGUGAAGAUUAUUGGAAAUGUUUGAAUACCAAUAAAUAUGUAUUUUAUUUUAUUAUUUGAGACCUGUGAAUACUCCGAAAUUGCCAUGUUUGUUUGUUGUUUAAUGAUGCAGUAUCCAAGCUGUAUCAUAGUACUCGGUAAAUAAUCAAGUUGCUAUGCUAUUUCAGGAUAUCUAUUUAUAGAGAGAAAGAGAUAUAGAUAUAGAUAGAUAUGUAUAGCUGAUGGCCACAUCAGAAUAUUUACAAUCUUGUUAUUAUGUCCAUAUUUUCUUAUAAAAUUAAAAUGUGUACAGCAAGCCAUACAUUCUCAGGACCCCCAAAUAUGUUUGACCAGUAGCCACAUGGCAGCAAUGUUAUGUACAAUUCCCUUUAAUUCAUUUCAGCCAUGUUCUAACAGAGUGCCUGCUCUCUAAUACAAUUCUUCAGCAAAUUGUUCGAACUGAAAGUCCGGUGAGUUUAUGUCGUGACCUGCUUGUCUCCCAUCGGCCUCUGUGAACAUCUUCUCAUCAGUAACCACUGGAUCCAUGAAACUGGAAAUUCAGUGUUUGUUCCCACCAAUGAUGACACCUGAAUUUGUUCUUGAGGUUUAAUUCCGUUUGGCAAUAUGGCCACAAGGGCAGCCAUAUUGAAAAAUCUAUUUAUGGCCACAAUUCAGCUUUUUUUGUACAAAAUGUAAUGAAAUUUGGUAUGUUUACAUUGUUGUGAGAUUCAACACAUAUUUGUUUUAAAAAUAUAAUUUUGACCUUGUUUGGACCAUGCUCUGAAAUUCUCUCAUAUUUGGCUCUGUAAAUAUGGUCCCAGACUAAGCGAUUUGAACUUUGGCAUGUGGGAUUCUCCUCAUGAUGACAUAUGCUACUCACCGUUUGCUAAGGACCACCACUUUAAAAGGUAAUAUGUCAAACUGGAGCAUCUGUUGAAAUAAUCAGACAAUAUUGUGUGAAGACAUGUUUAAAGAACAAAAGCCUGUUGUGCUGUGCCACACAAUGCCAACAAACAACGUGUGACCAAUAGUCCGUCAGAUCACCCGUCAGAAUGAGAGUAUCUGACCUAAACUGAAAUGUAAAAAAACAAAAAACAAAUCAAAUUCAUUGAGAAAUAACACAGACUCUCAGUAGCGCAUACAUUA